UUCCUGCCCACCGUUUGGCACCAUUAACAGCGCCCCAGUUUUCAAUUCUGGCCAUCACAUUCGCACGUCACAACUAACACCUCCGUUUUCUUACCUCUUCGACUCUUCUUCGUCAUAAUAAAUACACACACAACACAAACAGACACUAGUAGUAAAGCAAAAACAAGCUUUGAAUUUGGUAUCUUAGGGUUCUUACUUUCAACGGAUCGAUUGCCAUUCUUUCUAUUGGACCAACUCACAUUGUAACAGGUGGAAAUUGUUUCUGAUUUCCACCAGAAACCCCGCGAUUCUCUCACUGGUUGUUUUUCUGGGUGCAUUGAGGUAGGUCGAGGGGGGUGAUGGUGAAGAAGGAAAUUGAGAAGAAGAAGAAGAAGAAGGAUAGCGGUUUGCGAUGGGUUUGUGUGGCGGUUGCUCUUGUCGGCGUCUUUGUUGCCGUGACCAUGUCUUCCAAAACUUCUUCAAGAAUUCCUCUCUUCAGUGCAUGUCCCUGUUCCCCGGGUGAACCAAAGUAUAGUGGCAUGGUGGAGGAUUGUUGUUGUGACUAUGAAACUGUGAAUCGUCUUAAUGAGGGAGUGUUACACCCAUCCCUUCAAGAGCUUGUGAAAACUCCAUUUUUUCGAUAUUUUAAGGUCAAGUUAUGGUGUGACUGUCCAUUUUGGCCCGAUGAUGGCAUGUGUAGGUUGCGAGAUUGUAGUGUUUGUGAAUGUCCGGAAAAUGAGUUCCCCGAGUCAUUCAAGAAGCCUGGUCGCCUUUCACUAAAUGACCUUGUUUGUCAAGAAGGAAAACCUGAGGCAGCUGUUGACCGUACAUUAGAUAGUAAAGCUUUCAGAGGAUGGACUGAAAUAGACAAUCCCUGGACAAAUGAUGAUGAGACUGACAAUGAUGAGAUGACAUAUGUGAAUCUCCAAUUGAAUCCCGAAAGGUACACUGGUUACACUGGUCCAUCUGCGAGAAGGAUAUGGGACGCUGUCUACUCCGAAAACUGCCCCAAAUAUCCAUCUGAAGAAUUAUGCCAGGAAGAAAAGAUUUUGUAUAAAUUGAUAUCAGGCCUUCACUCCUCCAUUUCAGUACACAUAGCUGCUGAUUAUCUACUUGAUGAAGCUAUGAAUUUGUGGGGACAAAAUCUUAGCUUGUUGUAUGACCGAGUCCAUAAAUACCCUGAUCGGGUCAGAAAUCUGUACUUCACAUUUCUCUUUGUCCUUCGAGCAGUAACAAAAGCUGCAGAUUAUCUGGAACAGGCCGAGUAUGAUACUGGUAACCCUAUUGAGGAUCUUAAGACACAAUCCUUGAUAAAACAGCUACUUUACAACCCUGAACUUCAAGCUGCAUGUCCAGUUCCAUUUGAUGAGGCUAAGCUGUGGAAAGGCCAACGUGGACCCGAGUUAAAACAGAAAAUUCAACAUCAAUUCAGAAACAUCAGUGCACUGAUGGAUUGUGUAGGAUGCGAGAAGUGUCGAUUAUGGGGAAAGCUUCAGGUUCUUGGUCUGGGGACUGCAUUAAAGAUUCUCUUCUCGGAUGAUGGUCAAGAAAACCUUGGUCGAACGCUACAGUUGCAAAGGAAUGAAGUAAUUGCAUUGAUGAAUCUUCUUAACCGACUUUCAGAAUCUGUGAAAAUUGCCAAUGAAAUGGGACCUGCAGCUGAAAGAAUCGUGGAAGGAUCUCCAACAUUGACUGGCCCAUUGAAAAAAGUUUGGUCCAAACUGCUUAAAUCAUAGGAUGUAAUUGGUGACAGUUCUGUUGUUAACUUUUCACAUGAUCAGGCUUUAGUAGUAAGGAAACCAUAGUCAUGGUUUCAAAAUUUUGCGAGGAUGUGAAAGCUAUGUGAAAUAUCUCAAACAUUGACAAUAAAUAUUUGAAUAUAGAAUGGAAAAAAAAAUAGAAAUUAAUAGAAGAUAUUAUACUUGGGACGUGAGCCCAUCUUUCACUUUCA